AUUUCCCGUUUGUCCCGAAUUUUUUAAUUCCUUCUUUCCCAUUUCAGUUUGCACUGUAGGCCAGGACUUCUUCCACUCUAGAAGAUCCACCAUGGAUGCCGGGAGUUCGUCGGCUUCCCGUCAACCGACGUCGAAGAGGAAGCAGCGCAAACCUACCACCGCCGACGCUCUCGGUCACGACGUUCUCUGUAUGAUAUUUUCAUUGCUCGACCUCGUCCACCUCAUUCGCUGUUCCGCCGUCUGCAAAUCAUGGAGCAUAGUGAUUCAUAAAUUGAAGUUACUGCAAAUACAAUAUCAGAAGCAACACCAGAUAGAUGCUGCUUCCUUCUCUAAUGCAUCUGCUUAUUCAGAAAGAUUACUGAAUGUCCAUUUGGAGCAGCUGGCUAUGGAACAACAGAAAUUUUCUCUGCAAGAAGGUCCUGCAGAUAUUUUCCAGUGGAAAGGUCAUUUGACAAGGGUUAAUCUGUGCCGAAUGAAGAUGGGAACAAUUCUCACUGGUGUGGGGGAUAAGGUGAUGCGUCUCUGGUCUGCCGAAAGCAGCAAAUGCUUGGACGAAUAUUUUCUUCCGGACAAAGCCCCUUUAAUUGAUUUUGAUUUUGACGAAGGGAAGGUGGUUGGUCUGGUUGGGACUCGUAUAUGCAUAUGGAAGCGCAUUGGAAUAAGAGAUAUAUUUUCGUCACGUGAUGGCUUGUUUACUAAAGGAUUAUGUAUGCGUUAUGUAGAUCCACAGGCAGUAAUUGGGUGUGAGGAUGGGAAAGUACGUGUAUUUGACAUGUACAGCAGAAAAUGUUCUCAAAUAAUCAAGAUGCAUUCUGGGUCUGUAACAUGUUUAUCUUUCAGUGAUGAUCAAUUGAUUGUUAGCGGUUCCUCUCUCGGCAGCCUUACUAUGUCGGAUCUUUCAUCAGAUCAGCAGAUAGCAACAUUGAGUACUUCUGGUUCUGCAGGUAUAAAGACUUUGUGUUUGAACCCAAGCUCUCAUUUACUAUUUUCUGGAUCAACUGAUGGCUUUGCAUCUUGUUGGGACCUAAGGUACGGUAUACCCUUUUGCCUUUAACCUUUUAACAUAUUU